AUGGUUAGGGGGCGGCCCUCGGUCUACGAAGCCCCCUCGGCGCCCCAGCCCGCCCCGCCCGCCCCAAAGUUUGGCGGAGCCGCAGCCCCGCGGCCGCCGGAGACGCGUUCCCGUUCCAAGGUGGCUCCGGUGCCCGGACGCUGCAGCUCCGGGAUGGUGAUUUCCGGCGUCCCGGGGUCUCUUCCCCGCUGGGCGGCAGCUCGGACCCUUCACACCCGCAUUCCCGAGCGGCGAUCACCACUGGAAGGAGAGAAAGGCUGCAGUGAGACCUCGGCCAGCGAGGGAGCGCGCCCAGGAAACGAGCGCAUCAGAGGGGGCGGGGGGGGGGGGGCGCCCCGCUGGGGGUUUGGUCCCCCCAAAUUCAGGCCGCCCCCUCCGCACCCGGAUGCGGGAGAUGAGCUAUUCCCGUUCCGGGAAUGGCCAGAAGCCUCCUUCCCAGGUGCGGGAGUAGACCCCACGGCUUCCUGUUGCUGCCUCUGCGAACGGCUGGCAUUCUGCCCCGGCUGCCACCGCCUACGGGCGGGUCCGGCCAGCCCAGCGCCUCGCCCGCGCUUCCCAGGCCGAAGGCGGAACGGCUCCAGGCGCGCGCCGAGCGCGGAGACAGCCGGAGUCCGAAACACUGCUUCCCCCGGCGGGCAGGGCGGCUCCGCCGAGACUGCGGCUCAGCACCGCCCGCACACGCCCCCCAACGACCGCAAAGAAGAAAGUUCAGCUUCGGGGGCUCCCCCAGUCCUAUCCCGGUCCGGUGGCGGCUGGCGGCGGAGAGAAGAGCCCAGCGGCCAACCCUCGAGGGGUCGCUCGCUGCCGGCACCCCGCUUCCCGCCUCCCAGAACUUCUCGAGUAGAGGGGGAAGUCUCUUGGGAGGAGAACCCAGUGACCGGCGGAUCCCCUGCCGCGGUCGGAAGGGUGGGGGCGCUCACCUCGGCGCGGCUCAUCCCGGCGGCUCGGGGCCCCGUGCGCGGGUCGGGGGCCGAGGCGGCUCUCAGCGAGGGUCUGGGCGCCCGGAGCGCGGGCUGCGGGCCAUGCCGUCGGGGCGGGCGGCGCUCAGAGAGUGCGGUGCUGCGAGUCCGGGCCGCCGCCGCCGCCGCUGCUGCCGCCUCCAGUGUCGGCUCGCGGAGGACUGAGCCGCCGAGCCGGAGCUCCCCACAUGCUACUGAUUAA